UGCUCAAUUUUCAGAAUCCUGGAAUAAAAUUGCUUCUCUAUUGCAUCCGUUUGCAAAUACUGGUAUGGUGGAACUUGGUGAGGUGCAAUUGGCUGUCUACCUAGCUGAUAAAAGAUCAACAGAAAAACCUUACUUCAUAAAUGGAAUUCCAUAUCUUCUUGCUAUUCCUCCCGGAUGCCGUGAUGUAAAAUGUUUUAGUAGGUUUGAUGGAGAGCUUAUUGUGGACAAGGUUACAAAUUGGUUUGCAACAACUGUACUGGCUUUACCUCAAAUUAACUACUACUCGAAGGAGUCACUAGUAAUUUUUCUGAACUCUAAAGAUAUAAUACUACUCGUUUGUGUCAAUGUGCCAAGCAGAGUUCUCUAUCUCUCAAAAUAAAAAUGUCUGUCGUAGUGAUACAAUCCUUUAAACGCUGGUGAUUUUGGUGGCAAACCAUAGUGGUUGUUGGAGAAUUAAGUUGCUAAAGAAAAAUAUUACGGUGGAGCAAGGUGACUAACAAAAGAGAGGAUGUGAUUGGUUACAAUAAAAUAAUUAAAAAAGCAUUUCAUCAGCCUUUAGUUAUUGUAUUGGCAAUGAGGAAAGGAGAAGCAUAGUUCAUGGUACUGGUCUGUUAAACACAACUGAAACCUAAAUAGGGUUCAUAUAGUAAAUAUGAAGAUCAAUUCACCCUUGCACUUGAUUUCCUUUUGGCAUUAUAAUUCGUCUUUGCUUAGAGUUCUAUGGUUACUGAGUGGAAGUUUAUUUUAAAACUUUCAAAAUAUUUCAGAUGCCAAAACUUUUUGGAAAGAGUACUCAUCAUAAGGUACAAUUCCCUUUCUUAUUGCCACAUGCUGAUUUCAAAAUGUUUGAUUCGUUGGUUUUCUAACACAAAUAUUGUUUUAUAAAGGACAUUAAUGGUUUAGUUUCUGUGGACCCUUGGUUUAUAGGUAAAAUUAAUCUUUUUCACGAAAU